AUUGUUUAACAUUCAAUCCAUUUUUUACUUUGCUAAACUUUUGUUUGACGAUGGAUCAAAAUGUUAGUAACAUUUAUCUUCCUAUAGUAUGUUUAAUAGGAUGGUUAAUAAUGAUGAUAAUAUCAUUUGUCAUUCGUAAAGAAGUAAAGUAACAGUAAAUAUUCAAUCAGAUUAUAUUAUUAGUAAAUGAAUACUUUAAUACCAUAAAUGGGUACAUCUGAUAAUGAAGUAUUUAUGAAUGAAGGUAUUCCUAAAUAUUUAAUUAAAAUAUCUUCUACUUAUUUUUAAUAAACUGAAAAACCUUUUGAAAUUCUAUCUACAUCACCUCGUAAAUCAAAUGAUGCUGAUAUUAAAUGUUUAAUUUGUUUUGAAAAUGAGAGUGGUUAUGUCCUUAUGAAUUGUGGACAUGGUAUAAAUAAUUAUAUAUUUCUAGGUGGUUUAUGUCUUAAAUGUGCAUCCAAUCUCCUCUUGAGAAAUAAAGAAUGCUAUUUAUGUCGAUAACCUAUUAUGAAAAUAUUCUAAAUACAAAAGAACAAUUUUAACUUUGUUGAAGUUAUUGGCAUUAUAGAAACAUAAUGA